UCUCUCACUCACAGAUCCAAUCUCUGUCACUCCAAAAUCUUCCCUCAUCCACCAUGGGCACUCCUCCAAGCCCGGUUUCUUCAUCACCGACCAUGAUCCUUCUCAUUGCACUUCUCAUGGCCAUGGCGGCUGCAUCCCAAGCAGCCAUUUCCAAAGGAUCCUUUGAAGACAACUUCAGCAUAAUGUGGUCCAAGGAACAUUUCACUACCUCCGAAGAUGGCCAGAUCUGGUAUCUCUCUCUCGACAAAGAAACAGGAUGUGGGUUUCAAACAAAACAACGCUACAGAUUUGGAUGGUUCAGUAUGAAGCUGAAGCUAGUAGGAGGUGAUUCUGCUGGUGUGGUGACAGCUUAUUAUAUGUGCAGUGAGAAUGGAGCAGGGCCAGAAAGAGACGAGAUUGAUUUUGAGUUCUUGGGGAACAGGACAGGGCAGCCUUACUUGAUCCAAACAAACAUCUACAAGAAUGGUACUGGAGGCCGUGAGAUGAGGCACGUCCUCUGGUUCGACCCCACUGAGGACUACCACACUUACUCUGUUCUCUGGAACGAACACCAGCUCGUGUUUUUUGUGGACAGAGUUCCAAUAAGAGUGUUCAAGAACAAUGGGAAGCCAAACAACUUCUUCCCAACCGAUAAACCGAUGUACUUGUUCUCGAGUAUAUGGAAUGCAGAUGACUGGGCCACGAGGGGAGGAUUGGAGAAGACGAACUGGAAGCUAGCGCCAUUCGUGUCAUCUUACAAGGACUUCAGUGUGGAUGCUUGCCAGUGGGAGGAUCCAUACCCAGCUUGUGUGUCCUCCACCACUAAGAACUGGUGGGAUCAGUACAAUGCUUGGCAUCUCUCUGAUGAUCAGAAGAAGGAUUAUGCUUGGGUUCAGAGAAACUUGGUUAUUUAUGAUUAUUGCAAUGAUUCUGAACGAUUUCCUACUUUGCCUGAAGAGUGCUCUUUGAGCCCUUGGGAUUAAAAUUCUUUUCUAUUCUUUAUUUUUCUUCCCCUCAUCCCCCCUUUUGUCUUGAAAUUGUAUGCUGUGAAAUAAAGUUAUAAUGUCAUGUAUUGUUUUAGCAAUUUAUUGAUAUAAUUUAUUCACAUAAA